GCUUCAGAGAAAGUUCCCUCUUCUCACCCCCAUCGUACAAGCGCGCGAGCUGCCCGUCUCGCCUCCAGCGAACGAGACGGCGCGGAAACGCAGGCUUCGUCCGUUUCAGUCGAGUCCACCACGCAGAAACGAGAACAAGAAAGCUUCUCAAAGCACCUGCAGACUCUGUGUUGAAAGGAGAGAUACUUCCUUCCUCUUGUCAAGGGGAGGGAGAGUGCAGGGGAGGCAACGCCUUCUUUCCAGGUGUGGUAUCUUGUAGACAGGUAGAGUUUUUUAUCCGAGAGCUAAUCGCCGACUUCCCUCGGUCGGAGCCAGCUGCUUGUGUUCGAAUCCUUUCGGAGUCUUCUCUUGUCUCUGCAAGUAGCCGCUUCGCGCGUCUGUCCAGAACCGUCUCGCCGAGAAAAGGCCUCUUUCCCCAGAAUGGCGUCGUCUCAGGUGCCUCUUUUGGUGAGCCUCCAUCGCGCCAGGUGUGUUUUUUCCACCACUGUUUUUCCUUCGCUUCCGUCCAGACAAGCGAAAAUGCAGAGCGCCGCGGGGCGCGCGUCCUCCUGCACUGUGUGCCUGAUUCGGCAGGGUCCGUCUGUCUAUCCUGCGUCGUCGCCGCCGAAAUUCUCUCCCUCGUCAUGGUCACCUUCAUCAGAGGCAAAUCUCCUCUCCACUGCCUCUGAUACGCUUUCGCCGAGCUACUCCAGGUCUUCAGCUCCCUCGUCGCUUCCCUCUCCUCGUUCUUGUCGCCGCUCUCCUCCGGCAUCUCUUGCCUGCCCUGCGUCUCCUCAGGGUCUCUCUUCACUGCUGUCUCGGCCUUCCUCGUCUGUCUUUGGAUUCCUUCCCCCUCAAGGCUUCCCCGCGAAAGCAGAGGUCCGAAACCUGCUCGGGACUCGCGCGUUCUUCUCUCCUCUCUCUCACCCUUCUCUCGAUCGUCACUUCUCUGCUGCUGCUGCCUCGGCGUCCUUUGCUUCGCCUGCGCUCUGUGAGGCGCUCCACGCGAAAGUCGGAAAAGGAACAUCUUUGUCUGUGGCGGACUUCACGCAUGCACUGACGCAACUACGCGAGGAGUUUUCAUCCCAGCUUGCAGGUCAUUCGCUGCCCGCUUCUCUCUCUGUUUCCGAGCGACGCGCGCUCUCGGAAGCAGUGUUCCACCUUUUCAUGGCCGUCAGUCUCUCCCUACCUGUGGUCACCAGUCUCGCGUCUCCUUCCUUUCCAAGCGCAUCGCUUUCGGAGUCUCUCGACUCGCUGGAGCCUGUGAUCGACGACUGCUACGCUCUCUUUCUCUCCACCGUCUCUGCGGCGGGAGAGAAGAAAUGCGCUGCGUCUGCGGCUCUGCUUCCCGCCCUCUCCGGACCCGCAGUUGUCUCUCUCUUCCUCUUCUUCUCUCUCUCCUCUGCACUCCGGCGCCAGCUGCUUCUCGACGUCACCCCCGCGACCGCCGGCUCGCGAGACUCCCCCGCAGACAAGAAGCGCAUCGACCGAGAGACGAAGCUUCUCGUGCUCGCUUGCAUCGGUUCGGUCCUCAGUCUGCGGGAGGCGGAGUUGACAAAGGAGAGCCUUCUGCUCCUGCGCGUCGGACUGGAGGCGCUCGGCAUCCAGGGAAGGCGACACCGUCUGUUGACGGCUCUGAGAGAAGGUCGAGCGGCCGAAGAAGCCGCGGCCGACUUCUUUUCUCUCCUCCCACUCCACCCGCAGAUUGCCGAGGAGCUUGGGGCGGGAGGUUCACUCGCCGGCGGCGACCAAGGGCAAGAGAGCGAAACUGCCGAAGAAGACGACUUCGACGACGAAGACGAAACGGGUGAAGACGCAUCGGCAGACCGUAAACCAAGGAACCGCAAGAACGCGGCCGAGAAGAAUCCGUGGCUCUCGCCACUUGAAAGGGAAGUUUCUUCUCUUCUUUUUCGCCUCGAGAAACCUCAUGAUGUGUUCCCGACAAUCAUCGGGCCGUUUUCGUACACUCUCCGGAAUGCCAAGAAGAAGGAGUUGUUUAUUUGUCAACACGAGAAAGAUUUCUUCACCAAUGAGCCGGACCGGCCUCUCGCGAGAGAGCAGUGGAGAUAUCUCCUUGCGGAACUGCGAGGCUGGAAACUGAUAUUCCUCGCUCGCGAGCGCGCGUGGAAAAAUCUCACCUCUCAGGAGGCCAAGGAACGACUGCUCAAAGAAGCUCUGCAGAAAAGCGCGUGACGAGGAGAGUCGCGACGAACGAAAAGAGAAAAGGAAGUGUUCGAGAAAAAACAGAGGGUUCGUCUGUGCGUCUCCGCGUUCUUCUGGUGUCUGUCCCUUUCUCAACCUGUCGCUUCUGUCUCCGGCUUUCAAAAGUGUGUCUGCCC